GGAGGGCAAAGAUCGAAAGUAUAUUUCCCAAUCGACUAAACCACCACCAAGCACCUGACUGUUCACCUUUCAACAACGAUCAGCCGAGAGCGACAGUCGUCGAAGUCAUUGGCAAGCAAACAUCAGGUACAUUCAUCAGGGAUCGAAACAUUCGCCAGCCCUUAUAUAAGGACGCAAGCGCAGUCCCUUCAUCCCUUCACAACGCCAAGCCUCCCGACAGCGACAAUCACGUGUUGAGACCAGGCUCCCACGCGCGCGGAUUGGAAGGUUGAACACGUUUCACCCAAAAAUGAAGAUGCUAUUAUUAGCUGCAGUCUUUAUUGCCGGGACGUUUUCCAGCGUGAACUGUCAGUGCGACACAGGCUGCUUACACGGAGCCACAAAUACCUGUUACGCCGCAACCAAAAAGGUUCAGCUAAACAAUUGUGCCAGCCAAGUCUGUCAGAAGAAGACUACGAGUACCAACACCUACACCUACAGCUGGAAAAGAACUUACAAUGGCUGCUACACACCGGAAGGCGAAUGCGUGCGCACUGGCACAGUGCGCAUUUCCGGAUGCGUUGAAAACACCUGCGUGACCAAGCCUCACUCCAGGUGGAUCACGCAGAGACUGGUCUCCACCGACUGCCAGCCGAGCGCAAGUCCCUGUGAUAGUAACGGCGCGAGAGGAUGUUCAUACAACGGGGAGUGCAAGCCUUUGAAAACCGUGAUCAAGGUAGACAAUUGCCUGCAGUACCUGUGUUACAAUGAUGCCAGCUCACCUGAUCCCUACUGGCUGGAACGUGCCACUGGUUGCUAUUCCCCCAACGGUUGCAUGGAGUUCGGAGACAGCUACCGUGAUGAAACUAAGGGAGUCUACAGGUGUGAGCUGAACUUUAACACCACGGGCGUCAAAUAUGCAAGAUACGUGCCUCCCUGCACUACACCUGAUGGACAGGUAUUGGGUCUCCGAGAGACAGUUCAAGUGGGGCAGUACAAGUACAGCUGUACAAUGACUGGACUCAACACGUUUGACACCUUGUACCAGUUCCCACCACAAAAGCAGACUUGUGGACCUGUCUAUGUAAAAGAACCCUUUUACACUCCUGAGGGGAUCUGCUCUUACCAGACCUACUACUGCAGGCUGUCUUGUAACUACUUCGAAUCGCUGUGUUUCGACGGCGAGGGAAACUUCAAAUAUCUGGGUGACACGUUUACCAACUCUAACAAUCAAACAUGCACGUGCACGGCUGACUACAAUGUGAACAACUACCAGUACUCGCAGACCAAGUCUCUCUGGAACACCCCUGCUUUGUGUACUAAUUGCAAAGACGGCGCUUGCGUGGACCCUAACGAUGGUUCUAUCCACAAGUGGAACGAGCUGUGGUUGACCAACCCAGCUGCACCCCAGCUGUGCACCUGCCAUCCACUUCUGCAGCAAGCCUUUUGCAGUGAUGACAUCACUGCAGUUGUGAAUGCAACAGCUGUUCUAAAGGUCCCAGUUCUGCCAUAAACUGCCUGUGCCAACCAGGUUCCAGAUCUCAUGAUACAAAUUUUAGGUUAAACUUUUAACUUCUGCUAACUAGUGUGAUAAAUAUUGCACCAAUGUCAUUUAUUAUAACCUCUAGUAAAUUCAAUAAAUAACAAAAUCAUGUAAAUAAUGUACUGCACCCAGGAAAUCUUUUGCAUAAUUUUGAAAGACUGCCAUUGCAUCAUCGAGUGGUAUGGCCGCAGUACAAUACCAAGAGCUAGUACAUUGGGAGGGUAAAAACACUAACACCACAGAAUUAUUGAAUUCAUUACGACAUUAAUGUCUUAUAAGACAUAUUAAGUGAAGAAAAAUAAAUGUGAUUUGAAUGAAAAGACUUCAAAAUUUUAUCUGCAGGAAUUGCUGUUUGUGAUUAUGUAAUUAUUAUAACUUUGAGCGUACACCACUCCUCCUAACAUCUGCAUAUCAACAACUAAUCCACAUGCGAAAUGCCACAAUUUCAAAUGAAAUCUAAGACAAAAGCAUCAUCAUGAUUCAUUUGAUUAAAAUUUAAAAGUAUGCUGAAGCCAAAAUAAGCAGAACAUGCAACCAAAACCGUCUACACACAGCAGAAAUAAGAGAUUCAAAUGGCAGUAGCAUAUAGCUAAGGGACACCACCUACUAAUCUUGCUUUUUCUGAUAAAAUUGUAAAAUAUAUUUUCUUGUGGGCUCAGUGUCAGUUGGAACGUGACUUAACAACCUUAGUUACUGCUUGAUAUACCAUAAGUGUAGCAGUCUUCUGAUUUGUAAUCAAUUUAACUUCUUCUAUAUAAAUGCUGUAAUUUCACAAGUACUUUGUGCUCAAAUAGCCUGAAAUAUCACAAUUUUGUUCAUUCGUGUUAUCAGAGAUUAAAACAAAUAGUUUACG